AUGACGGAACGAGCAGUCGAGGAAAUGUUUGUCGUGUUUGCCUUGGUCUCUGGAAAGCCUCCUGCAACAUUUUUUGGAGACUGGUGGUGCUCAGGUCACGCUCGCGACAGCACUAUCAUCUGGAGCGGCAGCAUCAUCUGUUCUUGCUCUUACUUAUCACUGAUCAUGCUAAGACGUGCUGUCCUUCCUCUCGUGAGGCCCCAUUCACUCAAAUCAGCAUCACGCCUGACGAUAGCGCAAUGUCAAACACGGGGCAUACGCUCUGAUAGAGCUCGCCUGCAUCAGCCAGGAGACUUCAAAUUACCGUCGCAAUCACAAUACAGCCAGAAACAAUACCCACCACAACGGCCGGUGCCGAGACAGGCUGCAGAAGAUAUUCAGACAAACUCGCCCGUCCACGACUCAUCGGUCAGGCAUACUGCUCAGCCAACACCUCCACCACAGCCUCAAGAGCCUAGAACACAGACACAUCGCAACACAGAAUCAGUCGCGCGAGAGCAGUCAACCGAGCCGUUACCGUCAGAGCCACUUCCAGACCUGCGGCAGGGUAUCCCAUCAGACUACGACCCCGAUGCGAAACCAAACACGCCCUUACCUGACCUGACCCAGGGUAUCCCAUCCACAAUAGACGCAGAACUUUCGAGGUCGCAAAGGCAAGGCCAAUCGUCGACAGACUCCCUCAACAUUACUGCAGAUGGGUCCAACCCUCAAUCUACAGAUCCUAGUCAAAGAGGCGGCGACGGCCUCCCCCGAAGCUCCUAUGUUUCUUCUAGCGAUCGAAGACGUUCAGCCUUGACGAAGUACUUCUAUGCUUUCCUGGCUUCGAGCGCUGUAAUAUACGCCUUAUACAUGGGCCGAGAUUGGUCAGAAGAGGAGGCAGAGCAACACAAAGAUGUCGCCAAUGGCUAUACUCCAGGUCUCAUGUAUGCUCGUGCCAUGGCAAGAUGGGGUUCAACUAUGAGCUACUACAAAGAUCCUGUGACCAAGAAACUCCUCCCCGACGCUCAAGUCAUGGACCCCAACAUGCCUCCCUAUACCCUUGUACUGGGUCUCGAAGAUGUGCUUGUCCACUCAGAGUGGAGUCGUGAACACGGCUGGCGCAUUGCGAAAAGGCCUGGCCUGGAUUACUUCGUCAAGUAUCUGAGCCCAUAUUACGAGCUAGUUAUCUUCAGUGCUCAGCCCUCCUUCACUGUCGACCAGAUUCAUCGAAAGAUCGAUCCCUACCAGAUGGUGUACCCUUUGUUCCGAGAAAUGACCGUUUAUGAAGAUGGCGGUUAUGUCAAAGAUCUGUCCUACCUGAAUCGAGAUCUGAGCAAGGUCAUUGUCGUUGACUCAGACCCUCACCAUGUUAAGAAACAGCCGGAGAACGCCAUUGUCCUUCCUAAGUGGAAUGGCGACCCCAACGACACUACCCUCAUCGACCUCAUUCCCUUCCUAGAAAAUGUCGCCGCACUAGAGUACAAAGAUACCAGAGAAGUGAUCAAGUCCUUUGAUGGCAAAUACAUCCCUGUCGAGUUUGAUCGUCGUCAGAAGUUGCUUCGUGAGAAAUGGGAAGCACAGCAAGCGGAGAAGAGAAAACACAGGAAGGCUGGAGGGUUUGGCCUUGGCUCAAUCUUUGGUGGCAAGCCAAGAAACGCAACUGGCAUGCAGAGCAUACACGACGCAGAAGCUGAGGGCAAGCACUAUACCGACAUAAUCAGAGAAAGAGGACAGGAAAUGUAUUUACGACUGUCACAACAUCUUGAAAAGGAAGGACCAAAGAUUCUUGCUGAGCGAGAAGCAGCGGAGAAGAAGAUGCAAGAAGAGAUGAUGCAGAACAUGAAGUCUGGCAUGUUUGGCUGGUUCGGCAGCUCCCAGCCCAGCGACAAGAAAUGA